UCGAAAUGAAUCGAUUUCGAGACACACUGACGCACAGAUUUGGACACGGGCAGAUCGAAUCAUCUAAUCGGAGACACAAGAAACACACACUGGGAAACACUAGAUCGUGCAAAAGUCGUGGUUAGUGGAUGGAGCUGCUGGCCGGGAUUUGGAUACAGAUCCUCUUUCUGCUACUGCUGCACCAUUUUAGAGGUAUCCUAGCUUACGUUGGUCACAGCCAUUGCAAGGAAUGUGAUCAGUACAAGAGCACAGUGCCCGAGAGAUGUAAGUAUUUGCUGGAGGAGGAGCAGGUCUUCGAGCGAAAGUGUGGUGGCACCUAUCCCCUGAUGGCAUUUACCAAGUUUCGUGAUACCUUCGUCAAGACCGGUGAACCAUUUGCCCUGUAUAUGCCCAAUACUUUGGAUCAUGUGAUGGUGCUAAUGAAGGAUUCGGCUCUCCAGAGCUGCGAACGCCUUCAACUGGCCGAUGUGACCACGUUCUUUUGCCUGGAUGAUAAUACCAAUGAGACGAUCAAACUCGAUGUGGCCCACAUGUAUUGCUUUCCAUUUCACAUCCAACUGCCGGAUGAUUUAAUGCAGGAGUGCCUCACGGAGAACAAGAUGAGCAAGAGGCAUCUGGACGAUGUCCUCCGCACCCGACGCGGUGUUAUCCACUAUACUUUCGGCGAGAGUCGGGGUCAUCGUUGGUGUAUUUCUGGAUAUUCGUGGCUACUUCUCCUCCAGUUCCUCCAGCUCGUCUGGUUCCUCCCUCCAAUGAUGAGUCGUAAAUUUUUAUGCGAGCUGGAGAGCUGCCAUAAAGAUUGAUCGGUUAAGCCAAAGGGUAUAUAUGGCAUUAAACAAAAAUGGCAAAAAACAAAAAACAUCUGAAGUAAAGUAAAUAUAUACAUAUAUAUGAAUUGGUAGCCUUAUCGCUGGCCUUGCUCCUGGCCAUCUCCUUUGGAACCGCGGGGCCCUUGUUGAGUAUUUAUUUUAUGGCAAAACAAAUUAAACUGUAUUAACGCA